ACAUAGAUUUUUCACUGCACUUUCGAUUCUCCUCUUUGGGAUUGUAGAGAUUUUCUCAGAGUUUAUCUUAUCUUCCUUGUUCGAUUCUUCGAUUCUCCUUCAAAGUUUGAACUCAAACCCUAGAUUUGCUGGGAUUCCAAGGAUUUGCCAAGGGAAUCGAAGUUGCGAUUGUUGAAAAGUCACUCGAAAGCAGGAUCGAUGGACCCCAAUGACCCCGAAAUUGUUGAUGUCGACCUGGAACCAAGCGAAGAGAUUCUAGAAGACGAGGGUGAGCAUGAUUCAGGAAAUGAGGCAGAAACCAAAUUUGUACCAAUUUUCAUUCAUUUGGGUGGGAGGUUUAUACAGGGAGCUGGUAAUUCAAUUUCAUAUGUUGAUGGUGAAUGUGAUGACUGGAUUAUUAAUAGGGAUAAAUUUACACUGUUUGAACUUUAUACUAAGAUUGGUAUUGCUAGAUAUGAUGCUGAUAUGGUUGACCAAAUAUGGUAUUUAGAACCAAGAAAAACAAUUACAGAUGGUUUGAAACCUAUUAGGAAUGAUCAUGACAUUAGGGAUGUUUUGGGGGUGUUGAAGGUGGAGAAAAAGGUACAUAUUUAUGUGUCUCAUGUCCCGAAUUUUGCUGAAAUUAUACCUAUCUUACCAUUACCAGCCCCGAGUGAUAAGGGUAUGGUUGCCGACAAUCUUGUUGAGGUUGAGGGGAGAGUAGAAAAUGAUCAUGUUGAUGUGGAAGGUAGAGUUGAGGAUGCUAGUCAUGCGGUUGAUGUGGAAGGCAGAGUUGAGGAUGCUAGUCAUGCGGUUGAUGUGGAAGGCAGAGUUGAGGAUGCUGGUCAUGCGGUUGAGGUUGAAGGCAGAGUUGAGGAUGUUGGUAAUGAUGGUAAUGAAGACAAUGAACAUUCUGAGGAUGAAGAUGAUUUUCUUCCAUAUAUAUCUGAAUUGAGUGAUAAUGAAGAUGAGGAAACUGUUGAGGCGAGAAAGAAAAUGAAGUCUUUGCAUGAGGCAACUUCGAGAUCAAAAAAUGCUAGGAAAGGUGUUAAGUAUGGUCGUAAUCAACCAUCAACAAGAACUAGUCAUGAAAUUCCCUCAUCUUCAACUGGUCACAAUGAUCUUGGUCUUGAGGAUUCAUUAAGCUCAGAUGAGGAUAUCAGCUACAUUUCAACAAGUGAAGAGGAUGGAAGUGAAGUUGAACACGCUAGGAGAAGGAAGAGUAAGCACAAAGUUUUCCGAGGAACAGAUGAUGGCAAUGUACAGAUUGAGUUAGGCAUGGUUUUUCUAAACAAAGCUGAGUUUAAAAAAGCUGUGGAUAAAUUGAGCAUUAUGCAAAUGAGGCAAAUCAAGUGGGUCAAGAAUGAUAAGAAGAGACACAGAGCCAUUUGUAAUGAAAGGCACUGUGACUGGAAGAUUUUGUUAGCGUGGGAUAAGCCAACUGAGACAUGGAUGGUUAAGACAUUUAACAGCAAGGCUAUUUGUAAUGAAAGGCAUUGUGACUGGAAGAUUUUGUUAGCGUGGGAUAAGCCAACUGAGACAUGGAUGGUCAAGACAUUUAACAGUGAACACACAUGUGAAUGGGGAUUGACCAAUCGGAGAUGUAAUUCAACAUUUGCAAUGAACCAUUUAUUGAAGACUAAGGGUUUUACUGCUGUUUAUUUGAAAAGUGAUGAUAUUUUUACUGAAAUAUGGGAUGAGUUGAACGUGGAGUUGACUCAAGUCCAGUGUAGGAUUAUUAAAAGGAGGCUGAGAAAGACUUUCGAAGGGGAUCAUUCAUUGGAAUACAACAAGCUUUUUGACUAUGCUGCAGAACUGAGAAAAAGAGAUCCAGGAGCCACUGUUUCGAUUUAUGCACCAAGGCCACUACCUGAACUGAACCCUAUUUUCUUGAGGAUGUAUGUGUGUUUUAGUGCAAUGAAAAAAGGAUUUAUUGCUGGAUGUAGGAGAGUCAUUGGUUUAGAUGGAGCUUUUCUCAAAGGACCACACAAAGGGGAAUUACUUACUGCUGUCGGUAGAGAUGCGAAUGACCAAAUGUACCCAAUUGCAUGGGGUAUAGUGGAAGUUGAAAAGGAAGAAAGUUGGUUGUGGUUUUUGGAAGAACUUAAAUAUGAUUUGCAAAUAGGAGAUGGUGAUUGUUAUGCUAUAAUAUCUAACCAACAAAAGGGGUUGAUAAAUGUCGUUGCAGCCCUUUUUCCAAAUGCAGAACACAAACAUUGUGCUAGGCAUAGAUAUGCCAACUUCAAGAAGAAACACAAAGGGAAGGAAUUGCAAGCCUUAUUUUGGAGAUGUGUGAAGGCACUGAAUGAGGCAGAAUUUAAUGCAGCCUUAACAGAGUUAGGCAAAUUGAAGCCUGCAACAAGGGAUGACAUAAUGAAUGUGGAUCCCAAGCACUAGAGCAGAGCUUUUUUCAAAGCCGAAAUUAAGUCAUAUGUGGUCGAUAAUAACAUGUGUGAGGUGUUCAAUGCCUUACUUGUUGAUGCACGACACAAGGCAAUAAUUUCUAUGAAUCAAGAAAUGAGAGCUAUGUGUGCAGCAAGAACUGUUGUUAGGAGAGAGUUUGGAUUUGCUAAGUUUGUGGGAGAAUUUGGGCCUAAGAUUUGGAUUAAGAUUGUACGGAAUAGGGAAAGUAGCAAGAAAUGCAAAGUCCUAUG